UCGGUUAUGUCAUUCCUGUCAUUGUCAGGUGACAUCACAUCAUAUAAAAAUAUUAGGAAUAUACUUUUCAUUAUUUUUGUGGACGUUGUUAUGCAUUAUUUUUACGUUAUGUUAACAAUUUGAUGAGUAAUUCAAAAAAUAAAUAUUUUAUCGUAUACAGCUUUAAAGCAUAUAGUAAAGUGUCGACGUGUCCCUGGUUGUAGUUCCAAUUUUGAGUCUUUUUGUAAUCCCGUAGCUGUCAAAAAGAAUUGAAAGCCACGUUGGAAGUGCUUACCGUGCAUUCAUAUUCCUGUUAUGAAUUAAUUAUUGAUAGAUUGAAGUGAGACUAAUCCAUCAAUAUGAAAGUAAAAGAUAUAGAAAGAACUGCCAAUGUGGCUUGGUCUCCAAAAAGUCAAUAUCCUAUUUAUAUUGCUGCUGGAACCGCAGCACAGCAACUGGAUGCUUCAUUCAACACUAACGCAGCCUUAGAAGUCUAUUCAUUGAGUCUCUCUGACCCAGGGCCAGAUACUCAACUUGUUUCUUCUAUUCCUAGUGACCAUCGAUUCCAUAAAAUAAUUUGGGGAUCCUGUGAUAAUGAACCCAGUGGUACAAUAGUUGGAGGAUGUGAUGGUGGAUUAAUUCAAAUAUAUAGUGCUUCAAAAUUAUUGAAGGGUGAAGAUGCCAUUGUUGGAAAGCAAGAAAAACAUACGGGGCCAGUCCAUGCAAUGGAUUUCAAUAAUUUUCAAAAGAAUUUGUUUGCUACAGGAGCUGGAGAUUCGGAAAUUUUUAUUUGGGAUUUGAAUAAUACUAGUACUCCCAUGUCGCCAGGAGCAAAAAGUCAGCCUCACGAAGAUGUCCUAUCAGUGUCAUGGAAUAAACAAGUUCAGCACAUCUUGGCUUCCACAUAUCCAUCAAAAUGUGUUAUCUGGGAUCUAAGAAAAAAUGAACCAAUCAUCAAACUCACUGAUACAGUUUCACGAAUCAGAUGGAAAGUUGUUGCUUGGCAUCCUGACGUUGCUACACAACUUUGUCUUGCAUCAGAAGAGGACCAGUCACCAAUAAUCCAACUGUGGGAUCUCAGAUUUGCUACAUCUCCUCUCAAAACCCUUCAAGACCACCAAAGAGGUGUUCUUUCACUAUCUUGGUGUUCAGAAGACCCUGAUUUACUGGUUUCAUGUGGCAAAGACAAUCGUAUACUUUGUUGGAAUCCUAAUUCCAAUCAACAAAAUGGAGAGGUGCUAGCAGAGGUAGCUAGAACUAACCAGUGGAGUUUUGAUGUCGUAUGGUGCCCCAGGAAUCCAGCUCUAAUAGCGUCUCCUAAUUUUGAUGGACAUGUUUCAAUAUAUUCUUUGAUGGGUGGAAAAACUCAGCAAAUUCAAACUACAAAUAAAAUAGCAGACAGUUUUCCUGGAAUGGAAGGAUAUGUCCAGGCACCAGUUCCUCAACAAAAUACUGCUCCUGUCAGCGUUGACUUGAGUAAACCUCCCAGAUGGUUGAAGAGACCGGUUAGAGCCAGUUUUGGGUUCGGGGGAAAACUCAUUACUUUUGAAAAUGAUAAGGAAGCAAUUGCUCAAGCCUUUCAAAAUGUCCAAGCAGGCCAACCUCCAGCGGUAAUUCACAGAACUGUUCAAAUAAGUCAGGUUAUUACUGAGGCCGAACUUGUCAAGAAGUCAGUAGAACUAGAAAAGGCAUUAGAAUAUGGCAAUUUCACAGACUACUGUCUGGCAAAAUCAGAAGAUAUGAAUGAUCAGCACAAAAGGUACAUAUGGUAUUUUCUCAAGGCUAAUUUUGAAGAUAGUCCUAGGAGAGAGCUUCUCAAUUUGUUGGGAUAUAGUAUCGAAGACAUUAACAAUAAAUUGAAUCAGUAUGUAACGAAAGAUGAGCAGAAUAUUGUGGAUGGAUUAACAAAUGAUUUUGAUAAUUUAAAUAGGAUAGAAAAUUUUGCAGCCACUGAUGCUUCAAGUUCCACACCUCUGCAAAAAGAUACAAAAAAGACUGAACUAUUCAAAAUAAAAACAAAUGACGACACUGAAGGCCUUAUAACACAAGCACUGUUGAUGAAUAACGUUGAAGCUGCAGUCGAACUCUGUUUGCAGGCAAAACGUUUUGCUGAUGCUCUCAUAAUAUCAGCAACAGGAGGUCCUGAUUUGCUGGCAAGAACCCAACUCAAAUACUUGGAACAGACCAAUGACUAUGUCUCCUCCCUGAUAUCUGCAAUCGUUUCCGAAGAUUGGAGUUCCAUAAUCAAUAAUUGCGAAGUGAGCAGUUGGAAAGAGGCCCUUGCUGCUGUUUUAACACAUGCUACUGAUGAUGAUCUCCCAGUUCUUUGCGAAUUAUUGGGCAAGAGGUUGGAAGAAGAAAGUAAAAAUGAUCCAAAAUUGUCGGAGGAUGCUCAACUCUGUUACAUUUGUGCUGGCAGCUUUGAAAAACUUGUUUCGAGUUGGAGUGAAAAUGCAAUGCAAUCAACAAGUAGCCUUCAGGAGUUGAUAGAGUUGGUGACGUUUUUACAAAAAGCCAUUGAAAGACAAGGGAGGCAAGUACAGGUCUCAGGUGCUUUAGCAGAUCUACUUUCUCAUUACGCUUCCCUUCUGGCAUCCCAAGGAAGCCUCACCACCGCUAUCAACUACCUAGGUUCUUCUAACAACGAGAAGGUUGCGUCUCUGAGAGACCGCCUUUAUGUAGCCCUUGGUCAGAAGCCAGUGAAUGUUCAGGAAGUACGACAGCAGCAAAGUAGAAGAAGUAGUCAUAGACAAUCUUUCUCCAGUCAAAUAACGAACGCAUUCAACAACACAAACCCAUUUCACAGUGCCCAACAACAGUUCGGUCAACCAGGACAAACUGCGGUAAAUCAAGCUCCUCAUUUUGGACAAAACCAGUUCAAUACAGGGCUUCCUAAUUCGGGUUUGAAUAAUCAACCUUGGCAGACUCAAGCUGUUGCCUCUGCUGGUACUUAUACUCAGCCACCAAAACCCUUUUCACCAGCACCUCAAGUACCACCACCAAGUCAUCCCCCUAGACCUACUAGCGUAGGAUCUUCCCAUGGUGGCUCUGCUGGGUUACCAUCAAGAAAAUAUGUUCUUGACCCAUCAGUUUCUUCUAACUCAUAUGGACAAAUAGCAAACCAGUUUCCUCCACAACCUGUGAAUUCUUACCAAAAUAACACCUUUGCCAACAAUUCAUACACUCAACCUCCAAUCGUUCCUAGUUCUACCCCAGGCAGUCAAAUAUUCAAUCCUCUCCUGCCAAGUAAUUCAGCAGUUGUCAAUCCAACAUUCAACCCCACUCCAAUAGAUCCCAACUCGACACCAAUGAUGCCAGUGCAAGGUUUUGGUGGGUCUUCGUUACCGCCACCUCCAACCGCAGAAAUUGCACAACCAAGUUGGAAUACUUUCUCAGCGCCAUCUGGCUGGAAUGAUCCUCCCCCUAUUAGCAGACCACCUAAGCCGCAGGCCAAGCCGGACUUACCUGUAAAUGAACCUAUCACUCAUCCAAUUUACGGCUCUGCUCCUACGCAACCGCUUCCUAUCAAUGGUUAUGAAAAUGUUGCCCCUGGGCAACCUUUCAAUCCUUCAGUUCAUCCUCAAAAUCCCCCAACCGUAUUUCAGCCUCAACCGGUUCUGAACAACUUCACCUCUCCUGGUUUCAACCCUGGCAAUUUCAAUCAAAAUGCAGUCCAAAGCGUCGCCCAGCAGCUUCAAAAUGUGUCCGGUACAGUGAGACCUGAAAAGCCUCAACCUAUUGAAAAGGGUCCCAUUCCAGAGGAACAUAUCCACAUGAAGACGGUUUUUGAUGAAUUGAGAGAUCAGUGCAGCCGUACUGCUAACAAUCCGCAAACAAGAAGAAAAUUGGAGGACGUAGGUCGAAAACUGGAAGCAUUAUAUGAUUCGCUAAGAGAAUACAAGCUAUCCGCCAACACGUUAGGCUCUCUUCAUGAAAUGGUUCAACUAGUUCAAAAUGGCGACUACGCAGGGGGAAUGAAUUUACAUACUCAGUUAGUUUCUGGUCCAGACUUUGCUCAAAUAGCCAGUUUUAUGCCGGGACUGAAAGUAUUAUUACAAUGUGCUUCACAGUUACAAGUGUAUUUAAGAUAGAAAAUAUUUUGUAAUUAGUAUUUCAUUCAAGGUGCAAACAGUGUAAUAACAGCGAACUAACAUGAUUCCAUAGAAGACCUGCUGCAAUUGUAUUAGAUAAGAAAGAUUUUUUUUGUGUCAAAGAUUAAAUCGUUUAUUUUUAUGGUCAAAACGAAACUACAGGUAUACAUGUAUUUAAGAGAAUUAAAUAUAUUAAAUGAAUCUGAAUUCACUUAUAAUCUAAUAGAAUUUCACAGAAAUAUGAGACUAUAAAAGGUGUUUUAUUUUCUGCAGUAAUAUUUUACUCGAUAUUACAAAUUAAUCUUAAAAUUGCAGAAUAUUUCAAUCUUCAGCUUCAAAAGAUAAUUUUUACUUUCAAUAUUGUUGGUAUAUAAUUUUAUGACUAUGUUAUAUAUUUUAUCGUUCUGUCAACUGAAUACUAGGCUUGUUAUGAAUGUUUAAUUUUCCAUUCAAAUUUCCAGAUAAUAAUGAGAUUGUGAACAUAUAUUGAAAGUUUAUAAGGUGCUUUCUAAUAAAAAGUUGAUAGAAA